ACUUGACCUAUUCACACAGGUCUACGCAGUUGAUACUAGAACAAAAGGAAAGAAGACUUAAUUGAUUUUCGUCAAGAAGAAACUUUUUUUUUUUUUAUCUGAAGAAGAAAAGCACACUGGAGAUAAUUCAAAUAAUUAAUCCACCCAGGGUGUUCCAGAUAUAAAUAUCUUUUAUUUUAUAUUAUAGAUCUAAAUAUCUUUUAUUAUACACGAGCAACAGCAGGGGAAUUAACGUUUUUCUGAAGGAGAAGAACAGGUUGAAUACAUACGUGGAUUGCAGCAUUGACAUACUUUCCUUGAGAAAGACACAACAGUUUUCAGUAUGAAAUACUAUUAUCAGUACCCAGUGUCCCAGUACAACACUGCAGUCCCCAUGAAGCCAGCCAGGACAGUACGCUUCCCCAAUGACAUCAUCUUUCAGGACCACAUCAGGCAAGGGGACCUGGAGCAGGUUGGGAGGUUCAUCAGGGCCAGGAAAGUGACACUGGACACCAUCUACCUGUCAGGCAUGGCAGCGCUGCAUGAGGCUGUGCUGUCAGGGAACCUUGAGUGUGUGAAGCUGCUUGUGAAAUAUGGAGCUGAUAUUCACCAGAAAGACGAGAACGGCUGGACUCCGCUGCACAUGGCCUGCAGUGACGGCUACCCUCACAUCGCGAGAUACCUCAUCUCUCUGGGUGCCAAAGUAGAUGCGGUGAAUGAAGGUGGUGAAAAACCAGCUGACCUCAUUGAUCCUGACUGCAAAGAACUGGUCAUGCUUUUCAAAGGUUUAGGUGUGGUCUGAAAGACAAGCUCCUAUUGGAUUAGACAGUUAACUGAAAAGGACUACUUGUGUUCACCCUUUUGACACUAAGGUGACAGAAAAAGGGACAAAUUGCAAUAUGUCCUCACAGACUCCACUACUCCCUUACGGACAUAUGGGGUGCUCUGCCAUUGGUUUGCUUGCUGGAGAAGUGGAAGCUGAAUCUGUAUGAUGAUUGGCUGGCUGUGCUGCCAAUCACGGCAUCCACUUCUGAGCUAGCUGUUUGUGUUGCAAGAUAAGGAUGCAAAAAAAGAGCAUUUUUUAAAUAUAUUUUAUUUAUAUAUAAAAAGGAUUUGCAAUUAAAAAACAAAUGAGCAAGGCACUUCUUCAGCACUAAGCUAGUAGCAGAUUAGAAAUAGAGAUCUGUGCUUGAUAUACAAAUGAUACUGCAAUGCAUAUUGCCACUGUAUUUUGCUUAGUAUAGCAAAACGUCAGCCCCUUGGUUUUUCUGCAUACCAAGUAAAUCCCCCAUUGACUCCUGUCGUUAAGGUGUUUACAGGCUUAAACAGGAUCACAUGAAGGUAAUUUUCCCUGUGAACGGCAUGACCAAACUAGCUUUCAAUUAAUUUUGCACUCACAGCCCUGUGUAUCGCACUUUACGUAUAUCAAUAUAUGCACUAUUUGUAAUGCUGGUCAACAAAAUCUAUCUAUAAUUUGGUCAUUAUUGACUAAUGUAGAACUUAUUGUGCACAUUUGCCAAUGUACUUAUAUAGUAUUUUACAUGUGCCCAGUCUCUGCUGUUAAGUGUCUGAUUACAAACUACAGGAUCAACUGACAACUCAGGCACUUAAAUAGGUAUGCAUAAUAAUAGUUUAACUGACUCUUUGGGUUCUGUUGAUCUUCAGCCAAUCAACAGCAGACCACCAAAGGAGGAUUUCAGAUUUUUUUAAUAGAUGCACAAAAAGGAGACAGGAGAUGGCUAGCAACUUGAUCCAGAACGCGAUGCUUGAUAAUGGAGAUGAACUAAUACAAAUACCCUUUUUUUUUAUUAUUAUUUCAGUGAUGUCAAUGCCAGAUGUAUUAUCUAUAUUUAAACAUUUCCUUAAGUUUCAUACAAGUGAAGCUAUGAGCAGAUAUCAGCUGUCAGUAACAAUGAUAUUUUUAAAUGGACAUAUGUUGAAUUUGGUGUAUAUGAACGUCUUAAUUUUUUAUUAAAUAGUUUUGUUUUA